CAAGUUGAUGCCAAUAUCUAUAAUACCAUGUUAAAACACAUUGAUUCCAAUCCAAGUUAAACAAACAAUUAGGAGAACCUAUACUCGAUCGGAAGAAGAGAGGAGAUCGAGGAAAACAACACCACCAGGUCACCUCUCUCUCUUCCUAUAUACGUUAAUUGUUUUCUUCCUCCACGUAAACUUGCCCUAAUAAUAUCACCAAAAUUUAACCUAAUUUCUGAAUCCUACAACAAAUGAAACUCUUGGAAAAGGAUUUCGCGGUGAACCAAACCGGAACUGCGAAGCUCGUGGCCGAAGAACCCGACGACGUGUGGCUCCUCUACAACCUCAUCCUCCCCGGCGACAUCGUUUCGACCGACACCACCCGCAAGGUCCACCUCGAUUCCUCCGCCAAGAAGAACACCGCCUCACGUGUGAAACUCACCCUCGACAUCAAAGUCACGUGCCGUGACUUCCACAAAGACUCCUCCACUCUCCGACUCCACGGCCGCAACCUCCAACCCAACCAGCACGUCGCCGCCGGCUCCUUCCACACCCUCACCCUCGAACCCCACAAACCCUUCCACCUCCGCAAGAAGCUUUGGCAAAACGACGCCGUCGAAACCCUAAACGAAUCCACCGAGAAUUCCAAUCCCAAUACCAAUUCCCCCGACCUCGCCGUCGUUCUCUUCCACCCGCACCAUGCGGAGAUUCACCUUAUCGCACAGGGAGUCGCCACGCGCUGCACCAAGAUCGAACCCUCUUCAAACUCCAGAAACUCCGUGUAUUUCCGACAGGUGUUCGCGGCGUUCGUGAAGCGCGUGGAUUUUAAGGUUGUGAAGCGCGUGGUGAUAACGAGCGAGGAGUUUCGUAGGUUUGUGAUGUCGGAAGCGAGGAAGUCGAGGAUGCGGUCGAUCGAGGAGAACCAGUCGCGAAUAAUGGUCGUUGCGGGCGGUGAUAGUUUGGAGAAAGUGAUGGGUGACCGGGCGGUGAUGGAGUUGGUGAAGGACAAGAAGGUGGCGGCGUUUAGAGAGUUGUGGGAGAUGGUGUGCGACGAUUCGGACCGCGCGUGUUAUGGACCUGCGGAGGUGGAGCGUGCGCGUGAGAUGAGGGCCAUUGAGACACUUCUGAUAACCGAUGAUCUUUAUAGGAACGAAGAUGUUGAGACGAGAAAAAAGUACGCGAGUUUGGUGAAGUCGGUGAAAGAGGGUGGAGGAAAGGCUUUGGUGUAUUCGUCGAUGCAUGUUUCUGCACCGCAACUCGCUCAACUCACGGGUGUUGCGGCAAUUCUCAGGUUUCCCUUGCCUGAACUCGAAGAUGUAAAUGGGUGCUGAUUUAUUGUACAUAUUGGUUUUAGUUAUUUGUUUGUCAUGUUUAAUUAAUGUCUUUUUAAUUUCGCCAAUUGUUGAUUAUAUAAUCUCCGGAUGAAGCCAGGGAGAAUGUGAAUUGUCGUUGCUACAGCAUGUAAUUAUCUGGGUUUGUGUAUAUAUGUGUUCUAAAUAUUAUUGUUUGCAUUGUGUGAGAAAUUGAGAAUGCGAGUUGGAGAAAACUCAAAAAAUAAAUAAAACCAUUGUCCUUCUCAA